AUGACGACGCCUAUCAUCAAUCAUCUAUCGACGAGGGUGCCAUCAUUUACACGUCCUCCACAUGCCCAAGCUCAAGACCCUCGUCUGCCCGUCGGCGACGACGCGGCGAAGAUUACGACAGCCGGCGACCAGCAGACCUUGGUCAGGCGCGCGAAGGAGAUGGGCAUCGGCGGCGAUGACAGAGGACAAGCAGGAUGGGCGCUCAUCCCAUCGCCGCGCACCCAAACGAUAAGCAUAGCACCCGCGGCACCCGCCAAAGGCCGCAUGAGAGUUUUCGCCGCUACGGCGGAGGCGACAAACUUCGGAAACGAGUUCCUGACAUAUCUACAAGCGUUCUGCUCGGACGCGCAGCCGCGCCGCGGCAAGACGACCGGAAUGUGUCUAGCACGAGGAACGUAA